AUGUCUCAACACCGCCGUCCCAACAAACCGGGGGAUGUCUCCAUUAACAAACCGGAGACCUCAGAUGAGGAUACAACUAUGGAGUUUGGCGGACCGCUGGGGGUGACUGCGCUGAUGGUGGGAUUCCCGCUGCUAAUGUACUACAUGUACCUUGGCGCCACGUUCUAUGACGGAAAACCACCCAUGCCGGGUCCUGGCGAAAGCAUCCCACAGUUCAUCCAGCACCUGGCAAAUCUUGCAUACACCUCUGCCUUCCCCCACCGGAAAGCGUGGGUGAUAUACUGGACGUUCCUCAUCCUGGAGGGAGCCGGAUAUCUCUAUAUGCCUGGGGUGUACGGCAAAGGCAAGAGACUACCCCAUCUGAACGGAAAGCAGCUGGACUACUAUUGCUCGGCGGUGUCCUCGUGGUAUCUGACGAUCGUUGCGGCGCUCGUCCUGCAUUUCUCGGGGCUCUUUCGACUGGAUACCCUCAUCACUGAGUUCGGCCCGCUGAUGUCCGUCGCCAUAUGCUCCGGCUUCGCAGUCUCCGUGCUGGCCUAUAUCUCUGCCCUGAUGCGAGGUGCUCAACACCGCAUGACCGGGUCCCAUGUGUAUGACUUUUUCAUGGGCGCAGAGCUCAAUCCGCGGCUUUUCCGCUGGAUAGAUAUGAAGAUGUUUUUCGAGGUCCGCAUCCCAUGGUUUAUUCUGUUCCUUUUGACAUUGGGGGCGGCCUUGAAGCAGUGGGAAGACUUUGGGUUCGUGUCGGGAGAGGUAGCCUUCUUGUUGAUGGCACACUUCCUCUACGCCAAUGCAUGUGCGAAGGGCGAGGAGCUGAUCAUCACCAGUUGGGAUAUGUAUUAUGAGAAAUGGGGAUUCAUGUUGAUUUUCUGGAAUCUGGCUGGAGUUCCCAUGAGUUACUGCCACUGCACCCUGUAUCUUGCUUCCCACCAUCCGUCCACAUACAGAUGGAGCCCGGUCGCGCUGUUGGCGUGGGCAAUCGCAUAUCUCUUCGUCUACUGGGUCUGGGAUACAUGCAACAGCCAGAAGAACUUCUUCAGGGCGCAAGAGCGGGGUGUGUCGGUCGACCGCAAGUCGUUUCCUCAGUUGCCAUGGAAGUUCGUCAAGGAUCCCGAGGUCAUUCGCACCAAAACUGGGGAUUCCAUUUUGUGUAGUGGUUGGUAUGGCAUGGCCCGUAAGGUCCACUAUACCUGCGACUGGUUCUUCGCCAUGUCCUGGGGCCUGGUCACAGGAUUUCAAUCACCGUUCCCUUGGUUCUAUCCUGUGUUUUUCACGGUCAUGAUCAUCCAUCGGGCUAGGAGGGAUAUUGAGCGAUGCCGCGAGAGGUACGGGGACGCUUGGACGGAAUACGAGCGACGGGUCCCAUAUUUGUUCAUUCCGUAUGUUAUCUGA